UGCUAAAGAAUGAUCUAAUAUAAAUGUGUCUGAUAUUUGGAAGUGUUUAUAUUGACAGGAAGCACGCCUUGGAAAAGUUAAAGUAAAAACUAUGUGUUUUCUCAUUGUCUCUCUGUUGACUUGGUUAACCUUUGUUAUAGCCAUCGUUAUAAUGUAAUAAUAUUAUUAUACAAUAAGAAAUGCAAAACAAUUAUUUAAAGAUGAGUAAUUCUGACAUAUUUUGUUAUUGGUUCAUUGUAGUCAUAUUUGUUUAAACACUAAUGUGCUCAUGACUAGACAUAACAAGUUUAAAUAAUCUAAUUCUAAAAACAAAUCUUUAUCACAGGUGACACAAACGCAGCAGAGCAGGUAUCAUGUCUUCGGUGCUUUCAAACUCUUCUGUUAAUUCAACCUUUGUUCGUCCUUCGACUUUUUUCAUUAAUGGCUUUUCUAAUAUCCCACAUGGAAAGUACUAUUAUGUGUUUUUGUCUUUGGUUUAUGCUGUGACUGUUUUUGGGAAUUCUUUUAUCAUGUGUAUCAUCUGUUUAGCUCGCAGACUUCACACAGCCAAAUACAUUGCCGUCUUUCAUUUGGCUUUUUCUGAUCUGUGUGGAAGCUCAGCUUUGAUUCCAAAGCUCAUAGAUAUGUUUUUGUUUGAUUAUCAAUACAUUUCAUAUGAAGCCUGCUUGGCAAAUAUGUUUUUUGUAUUUCAUUUUAUGAACCUGCAGUCUUUAACGCUACUUGUCUUGGCUUUUGACAGACUAAUCGCUAUUUGUUUACCUCUAAAGUACCAUACCAUCAUAACCAAAUCAGCCAUGUUUCUGAUCAUAGCAGCUAUGUGGAUUUUUUCUGUGACUAUUUUUGCUGUACUUGUAGGUUUGCUUACUAGACUUUCAUUUUGUGGAUCCACUGUGGUCAAUAGUUAUUUUUGUGAUCACGGUCCUAUCUAUAGACUAGCUUGUAAUGAUAAUUCCUUAAAUAAUAUUAUGGCAAAUAUUUGCUUUGGUCUCUUGUUGUGCCUGCCACUGAUAUUUAUAAUCAUCUCAUAUGUUUGCAUCGCUGUGGCUUUGCUUAAGAUCACUCAUGGUGGUGACCGGACCAAAGCCAUGAAAACCUGCACUUCCCAUCUCAUGCUGGUGGCAAUUUUUUAUCUCCCCGGUCUAAGUAUUAAUAUUUCAGCUCUAACAACAUCUCUAAAUACAAAUACCCGGAUUAUUAACAAUUCGCUCUCACAGACAAUGUCACCGAUGUUAAAUCCUAUCAUAUACACUCUAAAGACAGACGAGGUCAUGCAAUCCAUUAAAUAUCUGUACAAACGAAACAAAGUGAAUGUUACAAUGGAACAAAACUUUUAACAAAAUUUGAGAUUUUUUUAACCCUUUUUAUUUGUGUGUAAGAAAUUUUAUUUUAUCCUUUACAAUGUCAGAUUUGUAUUAUGACACUGUCCAUGUUGAUAUAAAUGUAUUAAUAUAAAUUACUGUUAGCAUUCAACAAAUGUUCAACACUAACACAGUUGGCUUACUUUCUGUAUACUGUACUGUAUGUAAUAUAACACAUUUAUUAAAUGAUUAGAAUUAAACAUGAAGUGCUCCAAAAAA